UCUCUGAAUCUUUCCAUUUUGUAUAAAACCUAAACCAUGGUUUCUUCUUAUAACUUUUUCCUGCCUCUCUCUCCAAUUGUCUGUUGUGUAGGCGAUAGGCGUGUUCUUCCGGCAACCUCACGUAGCCGUUUCCCAUCAAGAGUAUAAUUGAGUUGGAGUAGUCAAGGGAGAUGGUGAUUCCUCCUCCUAUCAAGCCACCAAGAUUAAUCCAGUAUCUAAAGCCAUAUGUCUUGAAGAUGCACUUCACAAACAAGUUUGUGAGUGCCCAGGUGAUCCACUCUGAAACAGCCACUGUUGCUUCGGCCGCAAGCUCACAAGAGAAGGCAUUGCGGUCAAGUAUGGAGUCGACAAGGGAUGUGGCUGCUGCUGCAAAGAUUGGAAAAUUGUUGGGAGAGAGGCUUUUGCUUAAGGGAAUCCCGGCUGUUUGUGUGCACUUGAAAAGAGAACAGAAAUAUCAUGGUAAGGUCAAAGCUGUUAUUGAUUCUGUGAGGGAAGCAGGUAUUAAGCUGCUUUGAUCCUUUUUUUUUUUUUUCUUUUUCCAAUUUGCUUCAUUUUGGCCCUCCUUGUUAUCUGGUUUAAGUGUUGGGCUUCAUCAAUCAAUGCUCAAUAUUAUCUGAAUUUGUAUUGCCAAUGGGAUGAGAUGCAUUGUUGGACUUUUUGUCAAAUUAUAAAUCUGAAACUUAGAGUUCUUUCCCGCUGAA